AUGUCAGAACCGAUCCCUCUAGAUCUGAAGAAGAUGACUGAAUUUCCGGUGAAGUUUCGGAUGAAGGAACACCAAAAGAAACGAGUUUGCGGAGUGGAAUGGAGGGAGCGAGAGGAGGACAACGAGAGCGACAAGAGGCCAAGUAAGCCAGAACCGAUCCCUUUUGAUGUAGAGGUGGAGAUACUAACUAGAUUGCCGGUAAAGUCUGUUAUGAGGUCCCGGUGCGUGUCAAAGAUGUGGUCUUCCAUCAUCAGAAGCCAAGGUUUCAUUGAUUCUUACUACGCUAUGUCCUCUGCGACACGGUCGCGGUUUGUAGUGGUUUUCAGCAACGGUGUAUGCGUCGACGGUGUUGCACAGCGUCUUUUCAUCUUCUCCGGAGAGGAAUCUUCUUCUUCUUUGGUUGCUGCCAAUCUCGACAUGACAAUACCUUCCUUGACCAUGCCUCACCGUGCCAAGUGUCCUUCCGUCCAUGGCUUUGUCGGUUGUUGUUAUUAUAACCGGCUAAGUAUAUGUAACCCUGGCACGGGGCAAGUCGUUAACUUACGCUCUAAAGGAGACCGCACGUCCUUGGGAUACGAUCCUGUUGGUCAGCAAUUCAAAGCAUUGACCCUGCUGCAUUGUCGUGGUCCCCAUGCUUAUGAUGGUUGUACAGAGCACGAGAUUAUAACACUUGGAGGAGGAGAAUCAUCUCGCAGUAAGGUAACCUCGAGGCCUUAUUCCCCUAUGACCUAUGGGCUAUGCUUUAAUGGUUUCGUGUAUCAUGGUGCGUGGGAACCAAGACAAUAUACGAAGCCGGUGAUUGUGUGUUUUGAUGUGAGGAACGAGGACUUCAGUUUUAUCACUACGCCUCCGGAUGUCCUGAAAUGGCUAGGUGAGUCAGAUUUGAUAGAAUACAAAGGCAAGUUAGCUGCCAUUGUGACACACGGCAGCCAUAUGACCUUCGGAGGUUUUGAUUUAUGGAUACUAGAGGAUGUGAAGAAAGAAGAAUGGUCUAGGCAAUCAUUUGUGCUUCCCUACACUUUGGUGAAUAUGACUUGCCCUGGCACCAACAAGGCUGGUGAAAUCGUUUUUGCUCCCAAAAGACUCCCACUUGAUUCUCAACCCUUGUUCUACCUUUUCUACUACAACCUUCAAACUAAAGACAUGAGAAGAGUUCGGAUCCAGGGGGUUGCAGACGACCAAGGUUUUAGGCUCCGUUAUGGACUCUCUGGCCAGUGUAAUGUCUCUGUCUCACUCCAACACGCUGAAAGUAUUGCCUCUUUAUAA